CUUUGUCAAGCAACGCAUCUUGCAGAACGUCUUUUUCAUCAGCGCUUGCACCCUCCUUGAGUCUUCAAUUCAGACUCUGAAGAAGCGCUAGAUCUCUCAUUUAUUGAGUAUUUCUCUUCGUUAGAUCGGCGCGCGAGUGUCUCAUUGUGCAUUCUGAGGCAUUCUGCGUCAGCGGAGCCAUCAUAUCGACGGGGGAAAGGCGGAAGUGAAGCGAGCGGACGGGAACUACUACUCUAUUUCGCCGCUGGAAGUGGAAGCAGCAGGAGCGGUGGGUGAGGAGCGCGAGGGAGGAAGGACGAGGAAGGGGGUGCGGAAGAAUUGGUUGUAGUUGUUGUUGCCAUAUCGGUGAAUAAUCUGGAGCGUCGGUAGUGGAGCGGGAGUCGUAGAGAGCAGCAGAGAAGGACGUCUUCAUCAUCGUCGUGUCGGGGGCGUGACGAGUAGAUCCGGUGAAGUUUUUCGCGUCGCGGUCGUGGAAUUUCGGUUGUAUGCGGCGAUAGUCGGAUCGGGAGAACUGUGACAAGUCAGGGGUCGGCGUACUGCGGAAGUAGCAAUCUGAAGUAUUUUUAGCCUUGGGUUGGGAGCGGCCAGGAAUCAUGUUCGCUCGCAUGCCCAAGAAGAGUGACAACAGCAGGUAUUAUGAUGUUCUAGGAGUCAGCAAGAGUGCAUCUGCGGAUGAGCUCAAGAAGGCUUACAGGAAAGCAGCCAUCAAGAACCAUCCUGACAAGGGCGGAGACCCUGAGAAGUUCAAGGAGAUAUCGCAAGCGUACGAAGUUCUGAGCGAUCCUGAGAAGAGGGAUCUGUACGAUCAAUAUGGCGAAGAUGCCCUCAAGGAAGGCAUGGGUGGAGGAGGCGCGUCACACAAUCCUUUCGACAUCUUUGAGUCGUUCUUCGGCACGGGCGGUGGUGGUUCCUUUGGAGGUAGUGUACGCGGAGGCCGCCGUCAGAGAAGAGGAGAGGAUGUCGUACAUCAGCUGAAGGUUACCCUUGAAGACCUUUACAACGGGACAUCUAAGAAGCUCUCGCUGUCCAGGAACGUCAUCUGCUCCAAGUGCAAGGGGAAGGGAUCGAAGACGGGAGCAUCUUCCAGAUGUGCGGGCUGCUCGGGAUCCGGUAUGAAGGUCGUUAUUCGCCAGCUUGGCCCAAACAUGAUUCAGCAAAUGCAGCACGUCUGCCCUGAGUGCCGAGGAUCAGGUGAAACCAUUAGCGAGAAGGACAAGUGUGGUCAAUGCAGGGGGCAGAAGGUUGUGCAAGACAAGAAGUUGUUGGAAGUUCACGUUGAGAAAGGAAUGCAGAAUGGUCAGAAAAUUACUUUCCAGGGUGAAGCUGACGAAUCGCCCGACCUGCAAACUGGAGAUAUUGUCUUCGUUCUGCAGUUGAAAGAGCACCCAAAGUUCAAGAGAAAAGGAGAUGAUCUAUUCGUGGAACACACCUUGACUUUGACUGAGGCAUUGUGCGGGUUCCAAUUUCCUCUUACUCAUCUGGACAACAGACAAUUGCUUAUCAAAUCAAGCCCGGGUGAAAUUAUCAAGCCAGGUCAGUUCAAGGCUAUUAACGACGAGGGUAUGCCCCACUACCAGAGGCCUUUUAUUAAGGGUAGGUUGUAUAUGCAUUUCACCGUGGAGUUUCCGGAAUCUAACACGCUGACUCCCGAGCAGCAAAAGGUUUUGGAAACAGUCUUGCCGCCUAGACCAUCUAGUCAGAUGACCGAUAUGGAGUUGGGUGAAUGUGAGGAAACUACUUUACACGAUGUAAAUAUUGAGGACGAAAUGAAGAGAAAGCAACAGCAACAGCAACAGGAGGCAUAUGAUGAGGAUGAGGAAGCUGGAGGAGGUCCACGAGUGCAAUGCGCACAACAAUAAGCGAGACAAGUGGAUUAUGUUUCACGGAUUCACGCACCCUUCGGCCAUCUGUGAGACUGAUUUUUUUACAAUUUAUGUAGAACUUGCCUACUGGAGCCGCAGCGCUACAGAGUGUAGACGAAAUGAGAAAAAUAAUAUAGAAAGUUGUGCAGGUGACUCCAGGAUAUUAUCAGUGGGAUAGAGGAGGUAGAUGUUGGAGGCAUCGCUUAAGUGAUGGAGUGCUCUGUUCGUCCACUUUUACUGAGAAAUUUGGAUCUGGUACAUGAAGUAUGCUUCCCCAUAGACAACAGCGUGCUUUUUGAGGAGAAAAUUAUCUCCGAAUUGAAACCUGACAGGAAAGGACGGACAAGUUCUAGUCUCGCAAGAGAAAUUUCGUGAACUGAUUUGUAUCCCGUCAAGUGCGUAUGUAACACAGAACAUGCAGUGCAUGGUAUCAAAUGCUUUCAAAGGAUUUUCGGUUUUUGGAAGGAUGUGUAUCAGUUUGUAUCUCUGUUGACCUGUAGCCUUCCCAG